GGGCAACUCCCGAUUCGUUUUUUUUGUCGGCAAACAGGAUGGCGUUGGCAGUGCGCAGCAGCCGUGCCUUUCUGCAGGGCAGGCUGACGGUCGCCCCUCUGUCGCAGCGGAUCUCCGCCCGAUGGUUCGGUGCGUAUGACGGUCAGCCUGUGACGGACGCGCAGCUGGUCAAGAAGGACCCCGACUGGGUGAUAGAGGAGACCAACUUCUGCAUCGGUCGCAUCGGCUUCGUGCGCCACAAGGAGACCGACGACAUGGCCCGCCGCACGCUGCGCAUCUUCGACACGCAGCUGCCGCGGAUGCAGACCCGGCUGCGGGACGGCACCGUCAUCCCCGCCAUGGGCUUCUACAUGGACCACAUCGUCGACCGCCCCGCGCCGCUCCACAACUUCGUGGAGAAGCCAGUCCUCAAGUACACGUGGGACGAGACGUACGACGAGGCGUGGGAGGAUGUGGAGGGGCCGGUGGGGGGCACCAAGGACCCCACUGAGUGGCCCAAGGCCAAGCCGCCCAAGCGCACCUACCCGCCCGAGAUGAACAGGGCCUCCAAGCCACCCCCACCCGGGCAGGGACGGAUGGCCUCAGCCAGCAAACCCACGGUAGGUCAAGGUCAGGAGUGAAAGGGGUGGCUACACAACACAAUACAACACGACACAAGACUAGACGCUAUCUGUGCAGCACAGCACAGCGUGUGGUCAGCGAUGGAUGGAUUUGGCACAUGUCAUGUGUGCAGGCGCACGACGUGGGUGAGAGCAAGAGGACGGGCAUCAAGUCCACCGCGGAGCAAACCAGGGAGGCCAUCAAGAAAGCUGCUGCUGAGGCCAGGGAGGCUGUGGCUGAGGCAAUGCCGUCCUCGAAGAAGUGACACACAUGUACGCGAAAUGGAUCGCUGGAUGGAGGGAGGGAAGGGGCGGGGGCCACGUGAGAGAGGGGGAUAAUCCUCAAGUGGGAUGGAUGGAUGGAUGGGUGCGUGUGCGGGACGGGCAUGAAGUGCACUUCUGUGUAGCAUAUUGAGUCAGUCGGGUCGUUUCAACGGCAGUCUCUCCGAUCCAUGUGUCGCCUCUCUGCCUGCCUGCCUGCCUGCCUGCCUUGCCAACUUUUUGCUCACACACAACAGCAGUGAUCUGUCGUGACGGGAGUUGUUCUUUGGCUGUCACCUUGGUCGUUGCCACGCAGCACAGGUACUGCUGCCGUUGUGAGGCGGCGAGAGAGGGACGCCGUUGACACUCCUGCACGACUGGUCGGUGUGAUGUGGUGCACCGGCUGUGUGCAUGACGACGGGUGAGUGAACGUAGUCUUGUCUGUGUGUGGUGUGACGGUCUGUGAGUCGUUCAUUCGUCAUGGGCACGCUGAAUGAUCGAUCAAGGCAUCAUUUACUUA